AUGGCGGACAAGGAGGCAACCAUCUUCAUCGUUGACCUUGGCGCGUCCAUGGCCAAGUCCCAUUCUGGUCGAAAAGAAUCCGAUUUGGAUUGGACUUUGCGCUACUUCUGGGACAAGAUUACCGACAUUGUUGCAGCAAACCGAAAAACACUCUGUGUUGGCGUAAUUGGCCUCCGAACAGAUGGGACAUCCAACAAGCUCGAAGCAGAAGAGGGCUAUGAGAACAUCUCUGUCUUGCAAGAGCUUGGUCCAAUGUCAAUGUCAUCGCUCAAGGCACUACAAAAACAUAUGAAGCCAAGCAAAACGUGGAGUGGCGAUGCGAUCUCUGCAAUUGUAUUGGCUGUGGACAUGAUGGACAUCUUCACAAAGAAGUUGAAGUGGGUUCGCAAGAUCGUCCUCAUCACCGAUGGACAGGGUGCCAUUGACGGUGAUGAUUUGUCAGAUAUUUCUAAGAAGAUCAACGAAUCAAAUAUCCAGCUCACAGUCUUGGGUGUCGACUUUGACGACCCCGAGAUUGGCUUCAAGGAAGAGGACAAGGACGCUUCUAAGGCUGAGAAUGAGAGAUCGCUGCAAAAGCUCGUCGACGGAUGUUCUGAUGGCAUUUUUGCUUCCAUAAAGGAGGCCAUUGAUGAAACAGAAGCACCAAGAGUGAAGACGGUAAAGCCCUACAAAUCAUAUGAUGGCACGCUCACACUUGGCGACCCCGAAACUUUCCCGGAAGCUAUGAGCAUCAAUAUUGAACGCUACUUUAAGACACACCUUGCACGACCGCCUGGUGCAUCUACUGUGGUUGACAAGCCAGACACAGUUGACCCAGAUCAAAUGGAAGAUGUUCAGUUUUCCGCUGUAAAACAAGCGAGAACCUACAAAGUCGAAGACGAAAGUGCUCCAGGAGGAAAGCGAGAUGUUGAGUUUGAAGCCCUUGCCAAGGGUUAUGAGUAUGGUCGCACCGCCGUGCACAUUAGCGAAUCAGAACACAACAUCACCAAGAUCGAGACGGUGAAGAGCUUUUCAAUUCUUGGCUUUAUUCCGUGGAACAACUACGAACCGUUCCUCAACAUGGGAGAUACUGGUGUGAUUCAUGCUAGGAAAUUCGACGAAAAAUCAGAGCUGGCUAUGUCUUCUCUUGUUUGGGCGUUGAUGGAACUAGAGUCUUAUGCGGUAGCACGGCUGGUUGCCAAAGAUGCCAAAGACCCAGUUCUGGUUCUGCUAGCACCUCAUAUUGAACCGGAAUUGGAGUGUUUGUAUGAUAUUCCAUUGCCGUUUGCCGAGGAUUUACGCACAUAUCAGUUUCCGCCACUGGACAAGGUUGUGACGGUGAGCGGACAGACAUUGGUCAAGCACCGCCUGUUACCUUCUGAUGAGCUAAACCAGGCCAUGAGCGAUUAUGUCGAUGCUAUGGACUUAUCCAACUUUGGUGCUGAUGAGGACGGAAAUGACGCAGAGUACAUGGGCAUUGAUGACAGCUACAAUCCCACCAUUCAUCACACAAACAACGCCAUCAAGCAGCGAGCUGUACACCCCGACAAGUGUCUUCCUGAUGUCCCUGAAAUCUUGAAACAAUUCACGGCACCACCAGAGGCGCUGAUUGAAAAGGUCAAAGGGCACAUUGACACUCUUAUUCAUCACGCAGAAGUCAAGAAGGUUCCACCAAAGGCCAAGGGUCGCCAGAAGCGUGAUGCCAUCAAGCCGCUUUCAGGGCUGGACAUUGAUGCUCUGCUUGGGAUAGAAACUCAAGGCAAGAUUACGGCUGAAAAUCCCGUACCGGAUUUCAAGAGAGCUUUGGCUACUGCCUCACAAAUCGAAGAAAUCACUAGCGCCUCGAAGCAGAUGGGCGACGUUGUGGCAACUCUCAUCACUGACAGUUUUGGAGACAGCAAAUAUGAUCAAGCCAUAGAAUGCCUAGGAGUGAUGCGAGAGGAACUCAUUAGUAUGGAAGAACCUACGCUGUACGAUGAGUUCAUCACGGACUUGAAGAAGAAGAUGCUGUCUGGUGCCCUUGGAGGCGAUAGGCGUGACUUUUGGAUCAAGAUCCGCAUGGCGAAACUUGGUCUUAUUGAACAAUCACAAUCCGAGGUGUCAACAGUCACCAGAGAUCAAGCCUUUGAGUUUUACUCUUCAAGAUGA